UAUGCCUUCGCCACCAUGGACAACAACCAGAUCACAACCACGGCGUGGGAUGAUGAGAAAUUCUUUCACGAGUUCCAGGCUCUCAAGAACCAGAACAUCUACCUGAAGACCCUCCUGGCCAUUGGUGGAGCCAACAAAGAGAAUAUUCCAAAGUUCUCUAACAUGGUGGCGACUUCUGCUAACCGUCAGACCUUCAUCACCUCCGUGAUCAAGUUCCUGAGGCUGUACGGGUUUGACGGUCUGGACAUCGACUGGGAGUUCCCUGGCUCCAAGGGCAGCCCUGCCAUCGACAAGGAACUGUUCACCAUUCUCACUAAGGAGAUGCUGUACGCCUUCAAGGAAGAGAGUGUCAGGACUAACCGCCCUCGCCUGAUGCUGACCGCUGCCGUGUCUGCUAGCAAGAACACCAUCGAUGCUGCGUACCAGGUCCCUCAGCUCGGCGUGAUCCUGGACUACUUCCACGUCAUGACCUAUGCGUUCCAUGGCUACUGGCAGCACGUCACCGGGGAGAACAGCCCCUUAUACAAGGGACCUGCCGACAGGGGCUCACACAUCUACUACAGCAUAGACUAUGCCAUGAACUACUGGAGGAGCCAGGGUGCUCCUGCUGAGAAGCUGUUGGUUGGUUUCCCCACCUAUGGACGCACCUUCACCCUGGCCAGUGCCUCCAACACCGGCGUUGGUGCCCCCACCAUUGGACCCGGGCCCGCUGGAACCUACACCAGGGAAGCUGGAUUCUGGUCCUAUUAUGAGAUCUGCAAUUUCCUGAUGGAAGGAGCCACAGAGGCCUGGGACACGAUCCAGAUGGUCCCCUUCGCCUACAACAGCCAGCUCACUUGGGUCGGCUACGACAACAUCAAGAGCUACCAGGCUAAGAUUGACUGGCUGAAGAACAACCAGUUUGGAGGAGCCUUGGUGUGGACCCUGGACCUGGACGACUUCAGCGGCACCUUCUGCAGUCAGGGCAAAUUCCCCCUGAUCAACACCCUCAAGAACGGCCUGGGCACCGGACAGGGCUGCAUCAGCAGAAGCAGCAGCUUCAUCGCCACCAGUGGAGAUGGCUGUAACGGCAAAGGUGGUGGCGGCAGCGGAGGUGGUAGCAGCAGUGGAGGAGGAAGUAGCGGAGGAAGUAGCGGUGGAGGAGGAAGCAGUGGCGGAGGAGGAAGUAGCAGCGGAGGAGGAAGUAGCAGCGGCGGUGGUGGCAGCAGCAGUGGCGGCGAUAACAGUGUGUUCUGUAAGGGCAAGGCUAGCGGGAUGUACCCUGACCCCACCAACAAGAACACCUUCUACCAGUGUGCCAGCGGCGUCACCUACGUCCAGCACUGUGCCACCGGCCUGGUGUUCGACACCUCCUGCUCCUGCUGCAACUGGCCAUAG